UCAAACUGAUCUUCUCAAGCAAAUCUCGGCCCUCCGUCAAUCUAAGCACAUUGCGAAAUUACUAAAACACCCCUACUGUACUACUCGCUAUUUAUACUUCAAUCCUUUCCGCCCGUCCAUCUGAAGGCUGAAGCUCCCCAUACAUGGCGAAGACCCGAGGAUUCCGGCUGGGUCGCAGGCUGAUUAGCGUCUUCCGACGGUGCGUCCUCCGCCGCGCCCGGAGGAGAUCCGCCGCGUACCUUCCGGCGAAAGCGCAGGCCGGAGCUUUUUGGAAGGUGUGCGGAUGGGUUCGGUCUUGCAGUAGCUGGAGCAGGAAGGGAGAUUCGGGUUACAUUCCAGUCGGGCAGGAGGAUCCGGUGGAGCGACCCAGAUUGCCGAAGGGACACCUGGCGGUGUACGUCGGCGAAAAGGAGGGCAACACGUGUCGGGUUAUCGUGCCGGUGAUAUACUUCAAUCACCCGCUGUUUGGUGAGCUGUUGAGGGAGGCUGAGAAGGUGUACGGAUUCCAUCAUCCCGGCGGGAUCCUCAUUCCUUGCCCGAAAUCCGAACUGGAGAGCGUGCAGAUGCGGAUCGCCGCCGCCGGAGUAGGGCGGAGAUGGGGAUGGGGAUGGAGAUGGAGAUGGAGAUGGAAUUCUUGAGAUUUUUAUUUUUUCAUUUUUCGAUGGAAUUCUGUUUUGAGUAAAUUUUUGUGUUUAAUGCAGCCAUCCCAUCCGUAUUUCUCAAGGCUGACGUUUAUCUUUUGGGUUUAUGAAAUUUUGUUUAUUUUUCACCUGUAAAUACAAAAAUCUGAUUGUGUACAUUUAUUUAUUAAUGAAAGAGAGCAACUACUACAAU